AUGGCAACCUUCCUGGCAGUUUCCCGUCGAGGAAGCCUCGCCGAGCCCGCCAAGGAGAAUCUUGGCUUCCACCCGACACCAGGCAGCUACGGAAUUGGAGGAAGCAGCAGCAGCCGCAGCGGACACUGCGGUUACCGCAAAUCUUCGGAGUUCUUGGCCACCGUGUUUGUGGCUGCUUGGUCGAGACGGAGGAGUCGGCUGCCCCGCAGCGCGAAGGAGGAGGUGCGAGUGAAGGAGACGGAGGAGCAGGUACUGGACUAUGAUGUCCCUUCUCGGGAAGAGUUGGAGAAGCAGCAAAUCGAGCUGCUAGAGGCCACAGGUGCCCUGGACUUGCAGCGAAAAGAGGAGGCUUAUCAAGAGAGGCGUAAAUGGAAAGACCAGAAUCCUUCCCCGCUGGACAAGUGGCAGCAGGAGAUGGAAGAGGUUCGAAACGACACGGAGCGGCGCAUGCUCUGGGGCGAUCUGCAGAAGAAAUCUGGUGGGUACAAGCGCUACCGCGGGAAGAAGGUCGGCGAGGAGGAGGGCAAAAUGAAGUUUAAUCGCGGCUUCCCCCUGGAGGACACAGAGGAGCAAGAGAGGACAGAUCAGGAAAGAGACAGGAAGUGGCUGGAGAUGUGGCGCUCGACAUGGCCAGAGGGCCAUGCACUUGAUCCCCACGAUCCGGAGUCCUUCGGCUUUGCUUUUGUGGGGGAGGUGACGGGGGCACAUGGAGUUCACGGGGACGUCCGCGUGCGUGCAGACGACUUCCUGUGUGAUCAAGGCUACGAUCCGGCCACACACCUCGCCCGCCGAAACUUCUCGAACUUCACGGAGGACGCGAAGCGGGUGCACCUGAAAGCACCCCACCGCCGUUUUCCACGACCCUUCAGGAUUCUAACCGGCAAGCGCGUUCAACGGCGUGUUUUCGCAUUGCGGCUGCACGGUGUAGAGUCGCCCGAGGAGGCCUUCAAAGCUUGA